UUUCCACGCUGCAUUUGCGUCAGCGUCGUCUGGGUCUCCCUCUGGGAUCUCAGGCUGUGAUGGCGGAGGUGGACGACACGGACAUCAUGAUGAACUUCCAGGGUGAUUUCCCAAAAAGCGGCAGGAAAAGCUGCCGCUACCCGUACUGCAUUGUCUGGACGCCUAUUCCUAUUUUAUCGUGGGUGCUCCCCUUCAUUGGUCACAUGGGCAUCUGCACCUCUUCAGGGGUCAUACGAGACUUUGCGGGAUCUUACUUUGUCUCGGAGGAUAACAUGGGGUUUGGUCGACCCACAAAGUACUGGAGGCUCGAUGUGGACAAAGUCUGUGGUAAUGGUGCAGCAACGUGGGACCAAGCAGUUCACGAUGCAUCUGAGGAAUACAAAUGCAGGCCGCACAACCUGUGCAUGGACAACUGUCAUUCCCACGUUGCGAUGGCUUUAAACCUGAUGCGGUAUGACAACAGCUCAUCCUGGAACAUGGUGAACCUCUGUGUGCUGUCCUUCAUUCAUGGGAAGCAUGUGAGCUGGGCAGCGGUCCUGAAGACCUGGCUCCCCUUCGUCAUGCUCUGUGGGGUCCUCGCCACGUUCAUCCUGACUCUGAACCUACAGUAAUACAGCGAGCGGCACCAGGAGGGGGCUUUGUUGAUGCUGUAUACACUGUCACUGACAUGAAUGGCGUGUGUUUUGAUGGGACGUUUGCAAAAUAUCAAAUGGAACGACUCGUUAUGUUUAAUUUAACAAGCUUACUUGUUGUUUUCAAAGGAUUUGUAUCAUUAUUUUUGCAGCUUUACCUUAUCAUUUGUAUCCAGUGUUGCAGUUCCCGAUAGUUUUAUUAAAUCACAUGUUCAAUAUCAAAAAAUAUAUAAAACAACAUAAAGGGGGGGUAAAGGCACAGUUCUGCUCAGAAUGCAGCCAAAGGAGUGAUCAUUUAAACCUGGAAUCCCCAAACCCUGACAUCAGCGCAUAGCGCAAUGUUCACCUAGUGCGAAAGCAGCAAUAGCAAAAUUAGCAGCAAAAAUUUGAGUUAAUAAGGUGAGGAAGUACAUAGGAAUUUAUCCAAUGAUUUAUCUGUUGAGCUGUGGGAAGUCAGGUGAAAUCUUACCUGUGAGCAGUAGCUUGGAGACCUACCAAACAGGCAUUCUACCCAGGGAUUUAAAAGCUUUCUGAGAGUGUAUUUUCUCUACAGUAGUGAAUGAAUUCUGGUGGUAGGAACUGUAAUUUGAAACACAUUCUGGCAGCAUUCAGACAAAUGUAAUUUCUACUUUGGUUCUGGCCAACAUUGUUUCUUGGAUGUGCACAGGCAUCCAUCCGCAUGAUCCUCCAAACAACUCACCAGAAUAGCCUGCUUUAUCUUAUCAACCCAUGCGGUGAUUGUGCAAGCCUCGCCUUUAUCCAUAUAGUCAGCUUGUGUUUACUACAAUAUUUUAAUAUAGUUGAGGAAACAUUACUCUGAGGACAGCAUCUAGCUCUGUUUGCAGUUAUUUAGCACCCAACAAAAUGUUUAUCCCUAAAAGUCCCUUUGAAUUAUUACUAGUGGAUGGAGGUGAAAAUGCUGAUCUAUAACAAAGACUACAGCUGCAGUCAAGCACUCUUGUGUAAAGACACAAGUGAA